CCCGCAUCGGAGCUCCACACAAAGAGAGAGAGAGAGAGAGAAGCCUAGAUCGCCUUGGCUUGCACCUGCGUGGCCCCUGAGCAGAGGAGCCAGAGGAAAGGGGCCCCUGAGGCUGCCCCUCUGGCCUUGCCCCUCUCCUGAGGAGGAAGCCCCCCCAACAGCCCCCACCCAGCCCUUCUCUCGGGGGUCCCGAUGGGCCAGGGGGGCAAGAGGACCCCGGGGGUCCCGGCGGGGGCCCUGCUCCUGCGCUCCAGCGAGGUGCCCCCCAGCAUGACCGAGAGCUUCAUCCUGAGCGGCUACCGCUGUCCGGGCUACUCCUUUGCCCAGUGCCUGGCCUCCGCCUUCCGGCCCACCAACGAGACGGGCAACUUCUGGACCCACUUCCUGGCCGUCUUCGUCUUCGCUUUCCACUUCCUGGAGCCCUUCUGGGGCCAGGAGGGCAGCCAGGGCCCUAUGGCGCAAAGGGGGCCCACUGACCCCUUCUUCUACCCACUCUGGAACUACUUCCUGGGGGUCUGCAGCCUCCUGGUGGCCAGCAGCAUGGCCCACCUCUUCAACUCCAUGUCGCUGGUCAUCCGGGAGAUCUGCUUCUACAUCGACUAUGGCACCAUCAGCGCCUACACCGUCGGCUCCUCCUUGGCCUAUUUCUACUACAUCUACCCACCGGGUACCAAGAAGACCCCCCACGCACUGCCUACGCUGGGCCCUGCCAACCUCUCCUCUGGUCUCUGGCCCGGCCCGGCCGAAGGGUCCGGCUGGCUCUCCGCCACCCUGGUGGGCCACCCAGGCUCCUGGUUCGAGUCCCUGUACGUGCCCAGCACCUGCCUCAUCGCCCUCUUCUGCACCUUGGCCUGCUGCAGCACCCGCCGACAGUGGCCCCGCUACCGCUACCUCAUCCGCACACUGGUCUUCCUGCUGCCGUUUCUGGUGGUCUCCCUGCCGGUCUUCGAGAAGCUGUGGCACAUGGGGGGCAGCGGUGGCAGCGGUGAUCAAGGGACAGGCCGGUUCUUCCUGCGCCACUGCUUCUGGCUCCUGGCCUCAGGCAUCUUCAACAUCAGCAAGAUCCCCGAGCGCUUCAGCCCAGGCAAGUUCGACAUCUGGGGCCACAGCCACCAGUGGUUCCACUGCUGCACCUUCAUGAGCAUCUUGGACGAGCUGCACAUGAUCCGGGGGGAGAUCCGGGAACUGGGGGGCGGCCUCCCCCGGGCCCCCACCUUCCUCUCCACCUUUGGGGUCAUGCUGUUCCUGAUGGCCCUCGUGGCCAGCAUCGUCGGAUGGUUUGGGGUCAAGGCGUACGAAAGCCACCAGCGGAGCCUGGCCAAGAAGGCCAACUGAGAGGACUGCAAAGCUGCUGUGGCAGAGCAUGGGCUGGCGCUUCCUCUGCCACUCUUUUGCCUCCUGCCACACUGAGCCACUGGAGGGUCUCCUGGGUCCCUAAAAUGAGGGGAAGACUGCCGGGGAGCCCACCAUAACCUACUCAGGCAGACGAAAUGGACCUGCAGCAGAUUGAACUUCGGAGGGUGGGAGCAUGGGGAAAGGGGGAGUCUUGAAAUAAAAUGAAGAUGCAACUUGAACCCAAAAUGGUGGCGUUCAAAGGCUGCCCCCCCCCAAAAAAAAAUCUCUCUCUCUCUCUCUCUGAUGGGGAUGGUAAGUGAUUGAGAGCCCUGGAAUUGCUCAGUCACUCUGCAAAUACAGUAUGGAAAAGGCAGAGAUUGCAGGUGGCUGCUUGGGUUUAUUUUUCCUAUAGGCAAAUUUCAGGGCCUUGAAUAUGGAAAAUAGGAGAGGAGGAAGAUUUCCAUUCUGGAGGGGAGUGGCUCUGCUGGAGGAAGAGGAAGUUGUGGGGCAGCAGAGGGUGCCCUGGCAAGAAAAGGGCCCCAAAGUGGGAGACUU